ACUUGGAACAUUUUGUCUGAGGGUGAACUAGUCCCUACAGCUGGACACUGUACUAGCUUUGUCACUACCAACAGCAAAAAAGCUCCACACUGUUGACAGGCUGGCGUUUAAUCUCCACGAAAAACAAGCAGGCAGACGUGAGGACGUCUUACUUUAUUAGUUUCCAGUUUAAGUAAUGAAAGAUAAACACGUCCUCCCUUCAUGCUUACUUUCAACAAAAAAGAAGUUAUGGAUAUUUGCGACGGGAAGAAGAGGAGACAGGUAAGCGGCGGUGUGCGGGGCUGCAGGCGGAGGGUGGCCGUGAAGAUGAAGCGGGAGUUGGGGAAAGUCCUCCGCUCCUUACGGGUAGAGAACAACAACCGCACGGAGCCCAUGGAGGAAGAAGAAGACGACGGCGACGACUGUUUCUCCAUUAGCUUAAUGCGGAAUGACCGUCUGGAGCCCACCGUGGCGGUGUCUCCACGGUACAGCUUGCUACGGGAGGUCGGCCGGGGAAGCUACGGGGUGGUGUAUGAGGCGAUAGCCAGGAAAACAGGGGCCAGGGUGGCGGUGAAGAGGCUCCAAUGCGACGCCCCGGAAAAUGUAGAACUUGCUCUGGCCGAGUUCUGGGCUCUGACGAGCCUGGAGAACCGGCACCAGAAUGUGGUGCAGCUGGAGGAGUGUGUCCUACAGAGGAAGGGCCUGGCCCAGAAGAUGAGCCAUGGGAACAAGCGGUCCAAACAGUACUUGCGUCUGGUGGAGACGUCACUCAAAGGAGAGCGCAUCCUGGGCCACCCAGAGGAGCCAUGCUAUCUGUGGUUCGUCAUGGAGUUCUGUGAGGGUGGGGACCUCAAUCAGUACAUCUUGUCCCGCCGGCCUGACCCCAGCACCAACAGGAGCUUUAUGCGCCAGUUGACAAGCGCCGUAGCUUUCUUGCACAAGAACAACAUUGUCCAUCGUGAUCUGAAGCCAGACAACAUCCUCAUCUCACAGAAGUCCGGUUCCCCCGUUCUCAAAGUGGCUGACUUUGGCCUCAGUAAAGUUUGUGCUGGCCUAAACUCCAAGAACUGUGAAGAGCAUCCUGUAGCAGGAGCGGGCGGCAGAGUCAACAAUCAGAACAACAACAUCGUCAACAUAAACAAGUUCUGGCUGUCGUCAGCUUGUGGCUCGGACUUCUACAUGGCCCCCGAGGUGUGGGAGGGCCACUACACAGCAAAGGCUGAUAUCUUCGCCCUCGGCAUCAUUAUCUGGGCGAUGAUCGAGCGGAUCACCUUCAUCGACGCAGACUCCAAGCGUGAACUGUUGGGUACAUACAUACGGCAGGGAACAGAGAUUGUACCGGUCGGGGAGGCUCUGUUGGAGAACCCCAAGAUGGUUCUCCACAUCCCUCAGAAGGCCAGGAGCUCCAUGUCUGAAGGGGUGAAGAAACUCCUCCAGGACAUGCUUGCAGUCAACCCUCAGGACAGACCAGACGCCUUCCAGCUGGAGGUGCGGAUGGACCAAGUCACGUGUGCUGCAUGACAGCAUUUCCAAAACCUCUCCUUUUUUUACCCAUACCAAACAAAGAAGGGACCCCCUUCCUUCCCAGAUUCGUUUACUACAUGGACGUGGACUCCAAUGGAAAAAGGAAAACUGAAAUGUGAAGACAACAAUCAUGAUCUGAGUGGAAAGUGAUGGACUGGCUAAUGAUUCCAAAUCUGUCUGUUUUCAAAACCAGACACUAAGACUUCCAGCCCCAUCCAGUUACAAUCACUUUCACCAUGGAGCUGUCUAACAGCUGGAUAGUGACUGAGCGGAUGUGACAACCAGGUUUAUGAUAUUUGUUGUUUUAUAUUUUAUUCCCGCCCCAGUAUAGGUCUGCUCCUCUCUUACAUUUAGAAUGUGCUUGGCUGUGGCACAGGUAAAGUACUGGAGUCCUAAGUUCAAAGCGUCAUUUUACCCUAUAAGUGUGGUAUAAGGAUAAUUUCUUGUGCCUUAAAAAUCCCAAACAAGUGCGAUUGGAACAUGAAAUAAAAGGAUUUUGUUUGUUACAGUGGAAGUUUUGCACACCAAGACAACAAAAAUGCAUGCAGGUGUCUUUCUGCAGACAUGUGCAAUUGACCAAUGGAAUUUGUUUGCCUUCAAUGAUGUCACCUUUUCUAAACAAUUGUAUUGGCUGCAAUAAUUUUAAGUGUGAAUGUGAUCAUUUGGCGGCCCUCCUCUUCUCAAAAGCAAGUGCAGCCUUGAUGUUGAAGCUAAAAUAUACAGAACUUUAACUAAAUCAUCAAAGUGUUCGUGUCAAAAUCACAGACACGCUAAUGCAAACAAGACUUACAAAAUGAUUUCACAAUUCUGUGCCAGAGGUAGCAGGCCUGCGUACAACUCUGUGCUAUUGAAACCAAACUAUGUGCAGCAGGGAAUCCCGAUUGGUUUUUAUGUUCCUGUUGAAUCCAAAGAGCAGCUGUUGGACAAAUUGCUAACAUCUGUUUAUCAUAACUGCAAACAUGUGAACAUAUUUUCCUAAUUUACAGUCAUAACAAUCAUUAUCAUUUCAUGAGCUUAUGACUGUAUGGUAACUUUGUACUGAAUGUCUUUUACAUUUACUUUUAACACAGCUAGUGAAUCAGUAAUCACCUGGUAUUCAGCGAGCUCUGUUCUCCAUCCUGAGGGUGUGACGUGUUGGAUGAGUGUGAUGUGAAUACAGGGCGCUCUACAGAGCAGUAUUGAGACAUGUGGCUGAAUCUUUCAUGAGGGAUUUGGAGGCUCUCGCAGGAAAUUUGAAGAUUUGCCAUCUGGAAAUAAUCCCCCAAAGCAGUCAGGGGAUUGUAACUGUCCCCAUCUUACAUCCCCUCUUCACUGAAGUGCUUUGCUGUGGCACGUAGUUACAGUUAUUUGAUGGUUGCAACCGGUGUUGUAAGAAAGACGUGAUUUAAUUCAAACAAUCAUGAACCCUGGCGUUAAACAACAAUGUAAAGCCACAUGACUGAUCCGCAGGUGACAGGAAGCAAGAAGGAUUCCCAGGAAGAUUGAAUGAUGCAAAACUAUAACAGGAGCGGGAAAGCUUCCAAUGAUUGAAGCAUACACAACGCUGUGCUAGGAAUCACUUAACCCUUUGCUUCGUAGCUCUGCAUACCAUCUGGUUUCCUUCAGUGACUCAGCAGUAGUAGUACAUUUUAAGGUGUUUUGUUGUGUGGCCCUACCUCAUUCUCAGCACUUUGAAACAUCUUACCUUUACAGUCUUAUUACCUUUGUCUUAGAUACGGGGAUCUUCUCUGUGUGCUGUUUUGCUUAGCUAACACCUAGCUUUCCCUUUACGACGGCUACAUCUGCAGCACCUGCUAUCUUCUUUCCUAAUGGUUGGAUUACAGGGAUUAGUCCACCAUUUUGCUGUUAGCAUUCAACAACUGCACCUCCCAUAAGGCUAUAUUAGUACUAGAGGUGUACUGGAGGCGCAUGUGCAUUGAGAAAGUGAUAAGUGGUUUUAGCUUUUAAUCACACUCAAAGAAGUGAAGAAAACUGAUGUAGCCUUGUGGCUGUGUUUGUUUAAGACUGAGAUGCAUCAAUUUGGAGCACCUUGGGUGGUGUAGUUAGAAUAAAACACACAACAUAAGAGGAUGCACAUUUUUAAUGUUUAGUAGAUUCCUCAAAUUUUAAAAACUGACCUUUAAAUUAGAUCUUAUCUUAAGAUCAUGGUAGGACCCAUGACCUUGAAUAGACUGGCUAUCAGGUGGUGUAGCGGUUGAAUGCUAACACAAAACGUGUUAAAACAUUAAGAUAUUCCGUUUUUGGAAAGAGAUUUUCUCUUUCCAAAACUCUUCGAGAUGUCUUAUCUCUGAAUUGCUCUGCAGUGUUCAUUAUACAUGUUUAUUUAAUCAUCUAACUCCACAUUUAUUUUACAUGGCAUUGCUGUCAGUGCAUAUUCUUUAAGAGCAGUUUCAGUGAGCUCUUCGACAAAUGUUUCCACUUAAACUACACUAUGCAAAAUGUUUCACUGCCUCACUGUAAACACCGUACAGAGCCACACAGUUCUCAAACAAUUGUGUGUAAUAUCUUCAACCUUUUUCUCUAUUAAUGCAUAUUUCCAGUGUGUACAGAAAUGUUUGUUGUGGUAAAUAAGAAAUGUUUUUGUUAAUAAAGCUGAUACGAGCCAUUCGAUGUUUUGACAAAGCAUCUUUUUUUUGCUGUAAAUAUGUUUGACAACUUUUCUUGGAAUAAACGAUCAAAACAA